AUGUUCAGCAAAAUCGUAGCUUUGAGCGCACUGUUGGCCGCUGCCAACGCUGGCUACUUGGGCCAUGGCCACGCUGUGUCCUCCCAAAGCAUCAUUCGUCACGAUGAACCCCUCCACUACGCUGCGCCCGUAGCGCACUACGCUGCUCCAGUAGCUCACUACGCCGCUCCAGUAGCUCACUACGCCGCCCCAGUAGCUCACUACGCUGCCCCCGUAGCCCACUACGACGGCCACGACUCAUAUGCUCACCCCAAAUACGACUUCGCUUACUCCGUGGCUGACCCCCACACUGGUGACCACAAGUCCCAGCACGAGAGCCGCGACGGUGACGCCGUUCACGGAUACUACUCCCUGGCUCAACCGGACGGUUCCAUCCGCAAGGUUGAGUACACCGCUGAUGCCCACAACGGUUUCAACGCUGUGGUGCACAACUCCGCCCCCUCAGUACACCCUGCUCCCGUCCACGGACACGCUUACCAUCAUUAUUAA